GGGGACUCCAGGAUUCCCGGCCGGGGAAGGGGCUGCAGGGACGUGGAAGAGAAGGACUGAGGCAAGGAAGCAGCUGGGUGCUGCAGCAGGGAUGGAGGUGUAGAGAGGUCGUUUCUUCUGUCUGAUGAAUUCCGCCUAAUGCACUUGGCUAACUCCUAUUCGUCCUUCAAUAACCCUUUUCUAGUGAUCUCCCUGCGCUUUAGGAAAUUGUCUCAAAACUAAGGUUGAGCUUUGGCGACCUUCCCUGGGCUCCCCCGUCCCUGACUGCCCCCAGCAGGGAGUGUGUGUGCACCAUCCACCCCAACCUCCUAGGACUCUGGCUAAAGUCUUGGAGGCUACUGCCUGAAGAUGACCUCUAGGGACCAGCCCAGCCCCAAGGGCCCCCCAAAAAGCACUUCGCCUCGUCCUGGGAUCUCGAACUCUGAGAGCUCUCCAACGCUGAAUUAUCAGGGCAUUCUAAAUCGGCUCAAGCAGUUCCCCAGGUUUUCUCCUCAUUUUGCUACGGAGUUGGAGAGCAUUUACUACUCGCUGCACAAGAUCCAGCAGGAUGUGGCAGAACACCACAAGCAGAUAGGAAACUUCUUACAGAUUGUGGAGAGCUGCAGCCAACUCCAGGGUUUCCAGUCUGAGGAGGUCUCACCUGCUGAAGCAGCCAGCCCUGGGACGCCCCGGCAGGCGGAGGACAAGACCCGGCAGGAGUCGAGCUUUGAGGACAUGAUGGCCACCAGGUCCUCUGACUGGCUCCGGCGGCCUUUGGGGGAGGACAAUCAGCCAGAGACCCAGUUGUUCUGGGACAAGGAGCCUUGGUUUUGGCACGACACUCUGACCGAGCAACUCUGGCGGAUUUUUGCCGGCGUCCACGAUGAGAAGGCAAAGCCCAGAGACAGACAGCAGGCACCAGGCCUGGGGCAGGAAAGCAAGGCACCAGGAUCCUGUGACCCAGGAACAGACCCAUGUCCCGAAGAUGCCUCCAGUAAACCCAGCGGGCAGGGGCUGACCGACUCCAGGAGGGAUGGGGUGGGGGGCAUCCUGCGCUUAGGAGCCAAUGCAAGCCAGUUAGUCCCUCUUGUCUCCCCGCUAGCCCCCAGGCCACCUGAGACCUCCUCCAGCCCCCCUGAGGGUUCCCAAGACAAGAACACAAGUUGGGGUGUGGUCCAGGAGCCUCCUGGAAGAGCCUCUCCGUUUCUACAGUCCAUAUCCUGGGACCCUGAGGACUUUGAAGAUGCAUGGAAGAGGCCAGAUGCCUUGCCCGGGCAGUCUAAGAGACUCGCCAUCCCGUGCAAACUGGAGAAGAUGCGGAUUUUGGCACAUGGGGAGCUCGUGCUUGCCACGGCCAUCAGCAGCUUCACGCGGCACGUGUUCACCUGUGGCAGAAGAGGCAUCAAGGUGUGGAGCCUGACUGGCCAGGUGGCUGAGGACAGGUUCCCUGAGAGCCACCUGCCUGUACAGACCCCUGGGGCCUUCCUGCGCACCUGCCUGCUGUCCUCAAACAGCAGGAGCCUGCUCACCGGUGGCUACAACCUGGCCAGCGUGAGCGUGUGGGACCUGGCGGCGCCCUCCCUGCAUGUGAAGGAGCAGUUGCCCUGUGAGGGUCUCAACUGCCAGGCCCUGGACGCCAACCUGGAUGCCAACCUGGCCUUCGCCAGCUUCACCAAUGGUGUGGUCAGGAUCUGGGACCUGCGGGAUCAGAGUGUGGUCAGGGACCUCAAGGGUUAUCCUGAUGGAGUCAAGAGUAUCGUGGUCAAGGGCUACCACAUCUGGACUGGGGGUCUGGAUGCCUGUCUGCGGUGCUGGGACCAGAGGACCAUCAUGAAACCUCUGGAGUACCAAUUCAAGUCUCAGAUAAUGAGCCUGUCCCACAGCCCCCAGGAGGACUGGGUGCUGCUGGGCAUGGCCAAUGGCCAGCAGUGGCUGCAGAGCACCAGCGGGAGCCAGAGGCACAUGGUGGGGCAGAAAGACAGCGUCAUCUUGAGCGUCAAGUUCUCCCCCUUUGCUGCUGGUGUCCCCAUGAGCCAACACCCUCAUUUCUCCCAGGCCAGUGGUGGGCAACCGUUGGAAUGGACGACUUCCUUGGCGUCUACAGCAUGCCGGCAGGGACAAAGGUGUUCCAGGUGCCCGAGAUGUCCCCAGUCACAUGCUGUGACGUCUCUUCCAACAACCGCCUCGUUGUCACAGGCUCCGGGGAGCACGCCUCCGUGUACCAGAUCACCUACUGAGGGGCCUCGCUGCUGUCAUCCAACUCCGGCUCCUCUUUUCAUCCCUUUUUUUUUUGUUCCCCCGACCAGGGGGGUCAUGGUGGAGGGAAGCAGGAAGGCUCUUCUAUGGCAUCGCACGAUCCAGUCUGUGCUGUACAGACUGGUCGCCGUCACGUGUAAUAAAGCACCCGGGAAAGGCAGAGAGUGGACGCGUCCUGUUCUCUGAAGGGAAAGGGGCCUUCCCAUCCUGUCCCUGCUCAACUUGUGGAAAUCUGGAAGGACUUCGUCCAGCCUGGUGGCUCUAAGCCUUU